ACGAGGAAGAAGAGCUAAACAUUUGCUAGCUAAGGUACACACCAUGGGACGGGAGUCUAGGCAUUACAGGAAACGCUCGUCUUCCCGGGGAAGGUCCGGGAGUCGCUCCAAGAGUCGCUCACCUGACUCGAAACGCUCGAAGAAGGAUGACCGCGCCGGGUCGCGCACCCGGGAGCGCAGCAGGCGGGACCGCUCCCGGAGUCGGGACCGCCGCAGGUCCCGGUCCCGAGAAAGGAAGCGCCAGAGGCGAUCAAGGAGUCGAGAGCGGAAACGUUCCAGGAGUCGGGAACGCAGGAGGUCUAGGAGCAGAAGCAAAGGUCGAAGCAAGGAGAAAACUGAAAGUGGGGAUCAGCCCGUGGAUAAAAAGAAAAUAAAGGAGGAGAAAGAGGAGGAAAAGCCCGAAGACCAAGACUUUGACCAGAACACGCUGGAAGAAGAGAUGAGGAAGAGGAAGGAGCGCGUGGAGAAGUGGCGGGAGGAGCAGAGGAGGAAGGCCAUGGAGAACAUCGGCGAGAUCAAGAAGGAGCUGGAGGAGAUGAAACAGGGCAAGAAGUGGAGUCUGGAGGAUGAUGACGAUGAUGAUGAGGAAGGUCCAGCCUCUGUGGAGCAUGAAGGUGAGGAAGAGGAGGAGAAGGUGAAGGAGGGAGAAGCAGAGGCAGUGGCAGAGAUGGAGGAGGAGACAGGAGAGGAGCUCGACCCUUUAGAUGCCUACAUGGAGGAGGUCAAGGAGGAGGUCAAGAAGUUCAACAUGGGCACCAUGAAAGGGGGCAAUGACAAGAAAGGUGGAAUGACGGUGACGAAGGUUGUAACUGUGGUCAAAACAAAGAAGAUGCCUCAUACCGCAAAGAAGAAGGGGGAGCUAAUGGAGAAUGAUCAGGAUGCCAUGGAGUAUUCAUCUGAGGAGGAGGAAGUGGACCUUCAGACUGCUCUCACCGGCUACCAGACAAAACAGCGCAAGAUUCUUGAGCCUGUGGACCAUCAGAAGAUCCAGUAUGAGCCCUACCGCAAAAAUUUCUACGUCGAAGUUCCUGAACUGGCAAAGAUGACACAAGAGGAGGUGAACGAGUACCGUCUGGAGCUGGAGGGCAUCACGGUGAAGGGGAAAGGCUGCCCAAAACCCAUCAGGACCUGGGUGCAGUGCGGCACAUCCAUGAAGGUCUUAAACGCCCUAAAGAAACACAACUACGAGAAGCCCACUCCAAUUCAGGCUCAGGCCAUUCCGGCCAUCAUGUCCGGACGGGACCUCAUUGGAAUUGCGAAGACGGGAAGUGGAAAGACCAUUGCCUUCCUCUUGCCCAUGUUCCGGCACAUUCUAGAUCAGAGGCCUCUGGAGGAAGGUGAAGGCCCCAACGCUGUGAUCAUGACUCCUACUAGAGAGCUGGCCCUGCAAAUAACAAAGGAGUGUAAGAAGUUCUCCAAGCCUCUAGGCCUCAGGGUGGUGUGUGUGUACGGAGGCACUGGAAUCAGCGAGCAGAUCGCAGAGCUGAAGCGUGGAGCAGAGAUCAUAGUCUGCACACCCGGUCGAAUGAUUGACAUGCUGGGCGCCAACAGUGGUCGGGUGACCAACCUGCGGAGGGUGACAUAUGUGGUGGUUGAUGAAGCAGACCGAAUGUUUGACAUGGGCUUUGAGCCACAGGUGAUGCGCAUAGUAGAGAAUGUCAGGCCAGACCGUCAGACAGUGAUGUUCUCGGCCACCUUCCCCCGCGCCAUGGAGGCACUGGCCAGGCGUAUCCUCAGCAAGCCCAUGGAGGUGCAGGUGGGCGGCAGGAGUGUCGUCUGCUCGGACGUGGAGCAGCACGUGAUUGUCAUUGAGGAGGACAAGAAGUUUCUGAAGUUGCUGGAGAUUCUCGGGCACUACCAGGAGAAAGGCUCGGUCAUCAUCUUCGUAGACAAACAGGAGCACGCAGACGCUCUGCUCAAAGACCUGAUGAAGGCCUCCUACCCCUGCAUGUCCCUACACGGAGGAAUUGACCAGUAUGACAGAGACAGCAUCAUAAACGACUUCAAGAACGGGGCCUGCAGACUGAUGGUGGCCACCUCCGUCGCUGCCCGUGGGCUGGACGUCAAGCAGCUGAUCCUGGUGGUCAACUACAGCUGCCCCAACCACUACGAGGACUACGUUCACAGGGCCGGCCGCACAGGCAGGGCAGGAAACAAAGGCUAUGCCUACACAUUCAUCACUGAAGAGCAGGUACGUUACGCCGGUGAUAUCAUCAAAGCUCUGGAGCUCUCAGGCUCCUCAGUGCCUCCGGAGCUGGAGCAGCUGUGGGGCACAUUUAAAGAGCAGCAGAAAGCUGAGGGCAAAAGCAUCAAGAGCAGCAGUGGGUUUUCGGGGAAGGGCUUUAAGUUUGAUGAGACGGAGCACGCUCUGGCCAACGAGAGGAAGAAACUGCAGAAGGCUGCACUGGGGCUGCACGACUCGGACGACGAGGACACGGCCCUGGAUAUCGACGAGCAGAUUGAGAGCAUGUUUAACUCCAAAAAGCGCGUGAAGGACCUGUCUGCGCCGGGCGGUACUGGGGCAGGGGCUACUCCCGGCUUCACCGGUGCCACUUCCGCUGCCGGGCUUGCUGGGCUGGCAAUUCCCUCUGCUGGCAACAUCCAGAAACUGGAAAUUGCCAAGAAGCUGGCGCUCAAGAUCAACGCCCAGAAAAACCUGGGAGCGGAGGCGCAGGAUGUCAUGCAGCAGGCGACCAAUGCCAUCAUGAGGGGAGGCACCAUGAUCGCCCCCUCAGUCUCCGCCAAAACCAUCGCGGAGCAGCUGGCCGAGAAGAUCAAUGCCAAGCUGAACUACACGCCUGUGGAGAAGCUGGAGGAAGAGAGGCAGGCUGCAGAGCAGGCUGAGAGCAUCAAGAGAUACGAGGAGGAGCUGGAGAUCAACGACUUCCCUCAGACGGCCAGAUGGAAGGUGACCUCUAAGGAAGCCUUGCAGAGGAUUGGCGAGUACUCUGAGGCAGCGAUCACCAUCCGAGGAACGUACUUCCCCCCAGGCAAAGAGCCCAAGGAAGGAGAGCGCAAGAUUUAUCUGGCCAUAGAGAGUGCUAAUGAGCUGGCGGUGCAGAAAGCCAAAGCAGAAAUCACCAGGCUGAUCAAAGAGGAGCUCAUUCGCUUGCAAAAUUCAUAUCAACCAGCCAUCAAAGGACGAUACAAAGUUUUGUAGAGGCAUCAUCCAGAAUUGUUGUCGACGUGUUCGUCUUCGCAACACCAUCGCUUCGGACUUGGUUAACAUUUGGUUAAACAGAAACGAAAAUAAACAUGAGCAGAAUCUGAUAUUCCCCUCGAUGUAUUUUAUUGUAUUUUAUAUUCUUUUUCCUGCUGUCUGAAGCUGUACAGCUUACAUAUUUUUGUUUGAUUUUCUUCUGCUCAGCAAUUCCAUCUUUGUGUAUUCAUCUCUACUUCAGGAUUUGUCAGCAUGUUAAUGAUUCAGUAUGCUGAUCAUUAACUUUACAAACAUGUAGCUUAGAUGGUCUUUUACAACAAUAAAAAUGUUUUCGAAAAUGAUUUUUAAAA